AGGCUCCCCGGAGCGGGCUCCCGGCCUCCGGUCCCCGCCUUUGUGUCUGGGGUUCGGACGAGGGAGGCGGCAGGAGGCGCGGACGGCGUGCCGGCGGAGUGGCUUGGCGGGGUGGCAGCGAGGGUCCCGCCACCAGUCCCUUGUCCCCGCCGGCCGCCCACUGUCUGCAGAGGGCAGACUGAGAAACACAGGAAGAGGAGGAUGGUGGGCGUCAGAGCAGAAAGGGAGGACGAGCCAAUGAUUGGGGCACAUCUGCGGGCUCAAGGCCGCUCACCUGAACCAGCGGCUUCCCUUGGCCACAGGCUCACAGGUGCUGAAAGUCUCCUCUAGAGCUCUGGAAGGCUGAAUGGACUAAACAUGAAGAGCUUGAAAGCCAAGUUCAGGAAGAGUGACACCAACGAGUGGAACAAGAAUGAUGACCGGCUGCUGCAGGCCGUGGAGAACGGAGAUGCGGAGAAGGUGGCCUCGCUGCUGGGCAAGAAGGGGGCCAGCGCCACCAAACAUGACAGCGAGGGCAAGACCGCUUUUCAUCUUGCUGCUACAAAAGGACACGUGGAAUGCCUCAGGGUCAUGGUUACACAUGGCGUGGAUGUGACAGCCCAAGAUACUGCCGGACACAGUGCUUUGCACCUUGCAGCCAAGAACAGCCACCAUGAAUGCAUCAAGAAGCUCCUUCAGUCUAAAUGCCCAGCCGAAAGUAUCGACAGCUCUGGGAAAACAGCUUUACAUUAUGCAGCUGCACAGGGCUGCCUUCAAGCUGUGCAGGUUCUUUGCGAGCACAAAAGCCCCAUAAACCUCAAGGAUUUGGAUGGGAAUAUACCACUGCUUCUUGCAGUACAAAAUGGCCACAGUGAGGUCUGUCGCUUUCUCCUGGAUCAUGGAGCAGAUGUAAAUUCCAGAGACAAAAAUGGAAGAACUGCUCUCAUGCUGGCUUGUGAGAUUGGCAGCUCUAACACUGUGGAAGCCUUAACUAAAAAGGGUGCAGACCUAAACCUUGUAGAUUCUCUUGGACACAAUGCCUUACAUUAUUCCAAACUCUCAGAAAAUGCAGGAAUUCAAAGCCUUCUAUUAUCAAAAAUCUCUCAGGAUGCUGAUUCAAAGACACCAACAAAACCAAAGCAGCAUGAUCAAGUCUCUAAAAUAAGCUCAGAGAGAAGUGGAACUCCAAAAAAACGCAAAGCUCCACCACCUCCUAUCAGUCCUACCCAGUUGAGUGAUGUGUCUUCCCCAAGAUCAAUAACUUCAACACCACUUUCAGGAAAGGAAUCAGUAUUUUUUGCUGAACCACCCUUCAAGCAGGCUGAGAUCAGUUCUAUACGGGAAAACAAAGACAGACUAAGUGACAGUACUACGGGUGCUGAUAGCUUAUUGGAUAUAAGUUCUGAAGCUGACCAACAAGAUCUUCUUGUCCUACUGCAAGCAAAAGUUGCUUCUCUUACCUUACACAAUAAGGAAUUACAAGAUAAAUUACAGGCCAAAACACCCAGGGAGGCGGAAGCAGACCUGAGCUUUGACUUUUGCCAUUCUGCUGAAACUGACUUGGCCCCAUCCCUGGGCAAACCUAGUGAAACCCCUCCCCCAGACUCCAAACCAUCUCCAUCUGUCUUAACACAUUCCUUGAGUAAAUCCACUAUCGACAGCGAUGUCAGAAUCCAGCAACUACAGGAGAUUUUACACGACUUGCAGAAGAAAUUGGAGAGCUCUGAAGCAGAGAGGAAACAGCUGCAGGCCGAGCUCCAGGCCAGAAGGACAGAGUCGGUGUGCUUAAACAACUCGGAGAUUUCAGAGAACGGCUCCGACCUCAGCCAGAAACUUAAGGAAACUCAGAGCAAGUACGAGGAAGCUAUGAAAGAAGUCCUGAGUGUGCAGAAGCAGAUGAAACUGGGCCUGGUCUCACCGGAAGGCAUGGAUACUGACUCGGGCCUCCGCGAGCUGAGGAUCACCGAGGAGGAAAUAGACGUGCUAAAGCGGGAUCUCCAGAACGCACUGGAAGAAAGUGAACGAAAUAAAGAGAAAGUGAGAGAGUUGGAGGAAAAGCUUGUAGAGAGGGAGAGAGGGGUGGUUAUUAAGCCACCUGGGGAAGAGUACGAGGAAAUGAAAAGCUCAUAUUGCUCGGUGAUUGAGAAUAUGAAUAAGGAGAAGGCAUUUUUGUUUGAGAAAUACCAAGAGGCCCAAGAAGAAAUCAUGAAAUUAAAAGAUACACUGAAAAAUCAGAUGACCCAGGAGGCGGGUGAUGGAGCUGGGGACAUGAAAGAGGCCAUGAACAGGAUGAUAGAUGAACUCAACAAGCAGGUGAGUGAGCUGUCCCAGCUAUACAAAGAGGCCCAGGCCGAGCUGGAGGAUUACAGGAAGAGGAAAUCUCUAGAAGACGUCACAGCUGAAUAUAUCCAUAAAGCAGAGCACGAGAAGCUGAUGCAAGUGACCAACAUAUCCAGAGCGAAGGCUGAAGAGGCACUGUCUGAAAUGAAGUCACAGUAUUCCAAAGUGCUGAAUGAGCUGACCCAGCUCAAGCAGUUGGUAGAUGCACAGAAAGAGAACUCUGUCUCCAUGACGGAGCAUCUGCAAGUGAUAACCACGCUGCGGACCGCUGCCAAAGAGAUGGAGGAAAAACUAGGCAGUCUUAAAGAGCACCUUGCGAGCAAGGAAGGAGAGGUGGCAAAGCUGGAGAAGCAACUCCUAGAGGAGAAGGCGGCCGUGACCGACGCGAUGGUGCCCAGGUCCGCCUAUGAGAAGCUCCAGUCGUCUUUGGAAAGCGAAGUGAGUGUGUUGGCCUCAAAAUUAAAGGAUUCCGUGAAAGAGAAAGAGAAGGCCCAUUCAGAGGUUGCCCAGAUUAGAAGUGAGGUCUCACAAAUGAAAAGGGAAAGGGAAAACAUUCAGACUCUCUUGAAAUCCAAAGAGCAGGAAGUAAAUGAACUUCUGCAAAAAUGCCAGCACGCUCAGGAAGAGCUUGCAGAAAUGAAGAGAGAUUCUGAAAGCUCUUCAAAACUGGAAGAGGAUAAAGACAAGAAGAUAAACGAGAUGUCGAAGGAAGUCGCCAAGUUGAAGGAGGCCCUGAACAGCCUCUCGCAGCUCUCCUACUCCACGAGCUCGUCCAAGAGGCAGAGCCAGCAGCUGGAGGCGCUGCAGCAGCAGGUCAAGCAGCUGCAGCAGCAGCUGGCUGAGUGCAAGAAACAACACCAGGAAGUGAUAUCAGUUUACAGAAUGCACCUUCUGUACGCUGUGCAGGGCCAGAUGGAUGAAGAUGUCCAAAAAGUACUGAAGCAAAUCCUCACCAUGUGUAAGAACCAGUCCCAGAAGAAGUAAAGCAGGACACUGGCCCCUUGUUGUCCACCUCAUGUUAGAUCCGGAGUUGCUGGCAACCACUGCCAUUGUUCUCUUUCGUGGCAUCACUGUGACCCUUGUAAUAGAGCUUCUUCCCUUUCCAGAGGCUUCUUUCUGAGGAUGGGUCCCAGGAGAAGACUGUCCUCCUCAGAACCGCUUAGAAACUUCAAAGCAGCAGGGGUGAAAGAUGCUGUCAUCCCUUCUGAUUCCAGAGCUGGGAUCGUCCACGCUCAGGAGUCAGGUCCCUAUGCUGGUGGCCGGCAUCCUCCUUGGCACCUGCCCAGCUGAGGGACUUCAUCACUGAGUGACACAAGGAUGCGCCACGCAGCCGUGCUUCCGUUCCUACGCUCAGGCUGUGCCGCUCAGCGCAGCAGUGUUCUUUUUGCCUUUGGUUUCCUAUCCCUAAAACAUGACUUAAUUUCUAACCAAAUUAGUAUGGCACUAGUUAUGAGCUGCAUGCUUUAGACCCUUUAUCGUGAUAUCUUGUGGAUUUAAAAACGCUAAUUCCAUCUCUUUUUUUCCCCAUCUGCCUUAUAUUUCUCACCGCCCUGCUUAUCAAUCUUAUAGUUUGAUGAGCACUGUUAACUUAAAUAUGAAGUUUUAAAACAAAAGCAAAUUGUCCUUAAAAGUUCUUUUUAAGUAGAUCGCUGACACAUUGCAAAUUUUCUAUGCAAACUUGCCUCCUGCUGUUUGUUAUGCACGAAGCUCAGGAAAUCCAAACAUUUGUGUUCAACAAGGGAUAGUAAAUUGCGUGUUUACAGCCAAAAGAAAUGCCUCAUAGUUUCUAACCUCAAUUUUUUAAAAGUGUUCUUUUUCCUCUACAAUAUUUUUAUUGGCUCUUUAAGGUGUUUUCAUAUCUAAAUCCCUAAGUAAGUGAAAUUUACAUUAGACUAUAUCAGCAAAAUAUUUUUUAGGUAAUCAUGUUUAAGACUUUAAAAAGUAUUUAACUUUUUCCUCCAGGUUUUCAGCUACAGCAGGAGGUGGUUCUGUAUUCCAAACUCAAAAUGAGCUGCCACCAACACCCCUAGACUUCCUGCCAUCGUGUUCUCAGAACUGUAGCACGUCUCUGAAUAUAGUAAAUCCUCUUUUACCCAUUGAAUAUUUUUGAAUGCCCCAACUCUACCAGCACCUGUAAAUUAUCUCUGGAAGGGCUGUUAGUACCAACGAGUUUUUCAACUUUGAAGCAAAAAAUUCUGGUAAACAUUAUGGUGCCUAGCUGAGGUCUUGGGAGAAAACAUUCCUGUUCACUUUACUUUCAGGUUAACUUGCUUGCAGCUUCCCUUACAGCCUUGAUCUUAUUGAGAGAUGUAAACUGAAUACGGAAAUCUCUAAAGUAUAGAACUGAAAGCAUAGGCCAGCUCCGAAAGGGCCGCCUGGGCUCAGAGGUCACUUGGUAGCACUGUGUUGGAUGAGGACCAACGACAGCAAAGCAACACCGGCUUUCGAGCCUGGUGUUACCUUUCUUAAGUUGUUUAUAGUUCGGCAAUUUCAAACACGCUCCAAAGAAAAAUGUGAAAGGACUUUCUGUCACAGCACUUAAGAAAACACAAGACCACCCCCCUCCCACCUCCACACAGAAAUGCUGCAGAGUGUAAAACUUGAGAAAUUUUGUAGGACGCCAGACAAAGUGUAGCCUUUUAUCUUGUUUCAGGAUGCAUAUUUAUUACAAGUACUCUGGUUAAAUAUUGAAAAGUUACAUGCUGUAGUUUAGCAUUUUUGCCUUUGUAAUUUACAGAAAGUAUUGCAGAAAAUAAACUUUUGUUUCAUUUUG